GAUAAUAUGUGAUAAUUUUAUAUGGAGGAGUGGACAGUGGCGGGGCGACUUUAAAUGAGCUGAGGGAAAGGGGAGGGAGCGCGUGAGGUAGAGUCUCUCAGCUCGCGCUCAUCUUCAGUCAGUACAUCGCGCGCUUGUUCACUGUCCACAAGAGCACCGCCACAGCCACUGCUGGUGAGACUAGAAUCUUACUAAUAGUAUUAUUAAAAGGAGGAAAACGCCAAGACUUCUGACAUCUCUUUUGAAUUUUGGAGUCACAUAAAACUAUCCAAAGAGACAUGUGGAUUUACAAAAUUUUGCUCUGUGUGGCUGUUUUGGUUUACUCAGAAACUAAGAGGCAUGCCCUGCAAGACUACCAGAAGACUGAUGCCGUGCGCUUGGUCACGCCACCUGAUGUGUCCUACAUGUCCAAAGGCCGCAAUAUGAGUGUGGGAAAGUGCGCACGUCGCUGUAGCCGCAACAGGAAGCUUCAGUUCACCUGCAGAGCAUUCAGCUUUGAUCAGAAAAGUGCAAAGUGUCAUUUACUCUCAUACGACAGCCUCACCAUUGGUGUCCGCAUGGAGAAUGACUUCAACUGCGACCUAUAUGAAAAGAAAGAUUUCAUGAGAGAAUGCAUCAUCGGCAAUGGACUCAACUACAAAGGAAAGAGAUCAGUGACCAAGAGUGGAGUACAGUGCCAACUCUGGAAUUCCAAAAUUCCACAUGAACACAAUUUCUUACCCCAGAGGCAUAAGCACCGCGAUCUACGGGAUAAUUUAUGUCGUAACCCAGACAACACCACAACAGGUCCUUGGUGCUUUACCACGGACCCUAGAAUACGCCACCAGGACUGCAGUAUCCCACAAUGCUCGGAAGUGGAAUGUAUGACGUGUAAUGGGGAAAGUUACCGCGGACCCAUGGACCACACGGAAAGCGGCCGGGAAUGCCAACGCUGGGACCUUGAGGAACCACAUAGACACCUUUUUCACCCUAAAAGGUAUCCCGAUAAAGGUCUAAAGGACAACUACUGCAGGAACCCAGACGGGCGCCAGAGACCCUGGUGUUUCACCACCGAUCCAAACACUCCAUGGGAGUACUGUAACAUCAAACAGUGCGAUUCAGACAACGGCGGUGACGUUGACAACACAACAAGUUGUUUCCGUGGACGUGGAGAGGGUUAUCGUGGAACGGUUGGCAUCACCCCCGAGGGAGUGACCUGUCAGAGAUGGGAUGCCCAGUUUCCCCAUCGACACUCUUAUACACCACAGAAUUAUCAUUGCAAGGAUCUCCGGGAGAACUACUGUAGGAAUCCUGAUGGUCGUCAUCUCCCAUGGUGCUUCACGACUGACCCCAAUGUACCUGUGGCAUUCUGCACGAACAUUCCUCGCUGUGGAGUCCACACCCCUGAACCUGAAGAGUGCUAUACGGGUAUUGGUGACACGUACAAUGGAAAACGGGCAAAAACUCGCUCAGGCAUCCCCUGUGCUCCAUGGAAAGACCACAGUGAAAGUAACGAAAGAGAAGUGGACUUGCUGAUGGCUGAACAGGCGGGGAACUUCUGCAGAAACCCAGACAAGGACAAACACGGCCCGUGGUGUUAUACCAACAGCUCAUCCAUCCCGUGGGACUACUGCUCUCUCAAACCCUGUGAACCCUCACAUAACAGUCUACCACAAAAAGAUGAGGUUACAAAGGCAUCAUGCUUUGUUCACAAGCAGGUGAGAAUUGUCGGUGGCGGGCCUGUACCGAUUAAAGAAGGCAUUUGGAUGGUCAGCAUACAAAGAGGGAGCACUCACUGGUGCGGAGGUUCUCUGGUCAGGGAGGAGUGGGUGCUGACAGACAGACAGUGCUUCUCGUCAUGCGUGCCUGAUCUAUCGGAGUACAGAGUUUGGCUUGGUAUAUCCCAUUUGAACGAAUCGGGUGAGAAUUACUUCCACAGACAGGAGAGGAGAAUCUCGCACGUCAUCUGUGGCCCGGAAGGCUCUAGUCUCGCUCUUCUCCGACUGACUCAACCAGCACUUAUAAAAGAGCGUGUCAGAUUUAUUCAGCUGCCCGUGGCUGACUGCCACAUUCAGGAGGACACCAUAUGCUCUAUGUAUGGCUGGGGUGAGACCAAAGGCACUGGACAUGAGGGAACAUUGAAAAGGGUUCAUCUGCCCAUAGUGGGCAAUGAACGAUGCCAGCAGCUUCACAAAGGGACUCUUCAAAUAACUAGUUCUAAACUGUGUGCUGGUGGCAGAAGGGAUGAAGGAGUAUGUGAGAAAGACUAUGGCGGCCCUCUAAUAUGCCAAGAGAGUAACAGUAAAGUCAUUGUUGGCGUGAGCAUAAAUGGCAGAGGAUGUGCCCGACACAACCGACCAGCCAUUUUCGUGAAUGUGGCCUUCUAUACUGGAUGGAUUCAUAAGUUGUGUUGGAACAAUACGAAACCUGUGUUUAAGGAAACCUAGAAGCUGCUGGAUGAUGAAGCGGCUUGUUCUGAAUGGGGGCAAAUUCAAUUGCAGUAUUUGCGUCGUAUUCCCCAAGCGCCUGCAAUCCAGUUUAACCAGGUGAUAAAAUCAUUGUCAUUAUUUUCAGUGCAAACAUUACUCCUUUAAAUAUAUGCAAAUUAGGCUCAUUUUGGAGUGCGCAUUAUUCACGAAUCCCACCAAUAUUUGCCUAUCGCAAUUAAGGUCCAAGUAUUACAGCAAAAGGAAUUUAAUUUUCAUUUCAAGAGAUGUUUGUGUACAUUCUAUAUUGAGCAUGGCAGUACAGAUUUUGUUUGCACUGUUACUUCAUUUACAUAAUUAUUUUAGUGAAUCGGGAGCUAAAACAUGGAAAUCCGCCACAUAAAAAAAAAAAAAAAAAUCAUGCUUUUGGUCAAUUCUUUUGAUGAAUAGUCAAAACUAUAAAAAAAAGUCAUAAUUAUGAGAUCAAAAGUCAUAAUUAUGACAUAGAAAGUCAUUUAUUUGAUGAAAAGUCAAAAUUAUGAGUUGGCCUACAUUUGAGAUGAAGUCGAAACUGACAUAAAAAGUCGUAAUUAUGACAUUCAGAUAUAGCAGAGUCAAAAUUAUCACAAGAAAUAAUUUUCUCUAGUUUGUGACAUAAUUAUGACUUAAGUUCAUUUCAAUAUUUAUGUCAAUUUUGACUUUUUAUAUCAUAAUUUUGGCUUUUUAUCCCAUAGUUUUGACUUUUUAUCACAUACAUUUGACUUUUUAAGACACAAAUAUGACUUAGUAUCUAUGUCAUAAUUAUGGGGCCUCAUUUAUAAAAUGUUGCGUAGAAGCAGUCCUACAUUUGAUCUUACGAUCAUUUCUCAAAUGUGCAUUUGUGUGAUUCAGACAACGAACACGCGCACAAAAAACAUGCAUACGCGUCUCUUCCAGAUGUUAAAUCUAUACAUUGCAAAUGAUCUUGAAAUUGUGUGCAGCUGAAUGGUUUCAGAUUUCUGCCUUGUAAACGCUGCCUAAUUAAUGUCAUUAACAUAUAAAGUAGCACCAGUCAACGUCCAAAUAGCUUAGAUUUCCAAGUGCAUGCAGUUCUCCGACUCUCUGCCACAAGGAAAUGUGCAUACGUCUGCUUAGACCCUUUACCACGUAAAAGAUUUUUUUAUAAAUAUGAAUGUUGGUGUGGAUUUUAGCGUACACACACUCUAGGUUCACAUGAGGCCCAUAAUUUACCAAAGCAUGAUUUUUCCCCCUUAUGUGUCAAAAAUGGGCUUUCAAAAAAAAAGAAGAAAAAAAAAAAAGAGAGAGAGGGGCACAGGCAGUGUGUGCAAAUAAAAAGCUGCUAUCAGCAGGUGCACUUAAACUCUGAAUUCCUCCCUUUGUGUUUGAAAGGCCUGUGGUCCAUCAGAGUUAAUGUGUAUUCGAUCGGUUGCUCCUCUCUCUGAUGUUUGUAUGUGAGAAAGACGGCAAGUGUCUCGGUUCUGAAUGUAUAGUAAGCUGCUACGGACAAUGUAAAGAUGUAAAAUGUUGUCUUUGUACAGUGUGUUUAAUGUCUCACAUAUUCAUGUACAGUAAUAUUCAUACGCAAUGUAUUAUUCUCCUCUUACUCCGACAAUAGUAUUUAUCAACUUUGCGUGUGUUUGUGUUUAUUAAAAUAUAUAUGUGCCUUUA